ACUGAGGAUGAUUCUUCUGCAAAAGAAACGGCGGAUCAAGAAAGUGCUAGUGUUAAGAAUCAAGAAUCAUCGCUGCUGCAUGGGAAGGAGGAGCAAGAGAAGCAGAAAGAACCCGACAUUCAAGUGUCUGAGGAAAGUAUAAUAACUCAACAACAAAAAGAGAUUGAAACAGUUAAACAAAAUGCAGAAUUAGCAGGCAGCAAAGAUGAUGUUUCUGCAGCGGAGAAAAGGGAAGAAAGCAGUGAUACUCAGAAAGGUGGCAAUGAAGAUAAUCUCAAGGGUGCCAAUGAAGAGACGAAGGUUCAAGAUUCACAACUCAAGAUCCAAGAAAUUUCAGAGGAGAACAAGAAUUUGAUAUCAGAUGAAGAUCAACAGAAACGGCUGGAGCAUCAUCAGCAACAGGAAGACGAUCACAUACAACAAAAGCAACCCCAAAACGAGAUUGCCCAGACAACCACGGAUCCGAAUAAGAUUAUCCAGACAACCAGGGAUCCGAAUAAGGCCUGGGUGACGACAAGGGAUCCGAAUAAGGCCUGGUUGACAACACAAGCUGAUCAAUCUGUGAACCAGAAAGAGAGGAAGGAAGGAGCAGUUGAUCAAGAAAUCACUAUCACGGGGCAAUGGCAGCUGUGCAAUGUAACAGCAGGUGCAGAUUACAUACCUUGUUUGGACAAUGAGAAAGCAUUAGCAAAGAUAAGAGGCAGGCAGCAUUUUGAGCAUCGCGAAAGGCAUUGCCCCACAGAUCCUCCUGUCUGCCUUGUGCCCAUGCCAGUAGGGUACAAGAAAUCAAUUCAAUGGCCUCAAAGCAGGGAUAAGAUAUGGUAUCCCAAUGUGCCUCACACAUUAUUGGCAGAGGUGAAGGGGCACCAAAAUUGGGUUAAAGUUUCCGGAGAAUUCAUUACUUUUCCAGGUGGUGGAACUCAGUUUAUCCAUGGAGCAUUGCAUUACAUUGAUUUUAUCCAAAAAGCAGUUCCUGGUAUUGCAUGGGGAAAGCAUACUCGAGUAGUGUUGGAUGUAGGAUGUGGAGUUGCUAGCUUCGGAGGCUAUAUAUUCGAGAGAGAUGUUAUCACAAUGUCCUUUGCACCUAAAGACGAACACGAGGCUCAAGUUCAAUUUGCACUUGAAAGGGGAAUACCUGCAAUAUCUGCUGUUAUGGGAACUCAGCGCCUCCCAUUUCCUAGCGGAGUCUUUGAUGCUGUACACUGCGCACGCUGCAGAGUCCCUUGGCACAUAGAAGGUGGGAAUCUUCUUCUGGAACUGAAUCGAGUGCUUCGUCCAGGAGGCCACUUUAUCUGGUCUGCAACUCCCGUGUACCAGAAGCUUGAAGAAGAUGUGCAGAUAUGGAGAGAAAUGACUGCUCUAACAGUGUCCAUGUGUUGGGAGCUAGUAACCAUCAAGAAAGACAAAUUGAACUCCAUCGGAGCUGCUAUCUAUCAUAAACCAGACACAAACGGCUGCUAUGAACAAAGAAAACGCAAGAAACCUCCCAUGUGUAAUAAGGAUGAUGAUCCUAGUGCAGCAUGGUAUGUGCCCUUGGAACCAUGCAUGCAUAGAGUCCCAAGUGACGAAAAGGAGAGAGGAUCAAAAUGGCCUGAAGAAUGGCCGGCCCGACUUCACACCCCUCCAUAUUGGCUUGACAGAGCUAAGAAGGGAAUAUAUGGACGGCCAGCACCAGAUGACUUUGAAUCUGAUUAUAAGCACUGGAAAAACGUGGUGAGAAAGACAUAUUUGAGUGGUUUGGGCAUCAGAUGGUAUGAUGUGAGAAACAUCAUGGACAUGAGAGCAGUUUAUGGAGGGUUUGCAGCAGCACUAAAGGACCUUAAAGUGUGGGUGAUGAAUGUGGUGAACGUAGAUUCCCCAGAUACACUUCCCAUCAUUUAUGAGCGUGGCCUUUUCGGCAUGUACCAUGACUGGUGUGAAUCCUUCAGUACAUAUCCAAGAACAUAUGACCUCCUGCACGCUGAUCACCUCUUCUCCAGGCUAAAAAAGAGGUGUGACAUUAGAGGGGUGAUAGUGGAGGUUGACAGAAUAGUUCGACCUGGAGGUAAACUGAUAGUUCAAGAUGAGGCAGGCAUUGUUAGGGAAAUAGAAGACUUACUGAAAUCACUGCAUUGGGAGGUUCGGAUGACCUUCUCUCAGAACCAAGAUGGGAUGCUCAGUGCCCAGAAGACGUUCUGGCGGCCGGAAACUUACGAAGCCGCCAUCUGAUUGCAAGGAGACAGCCUGUUGUACAGCCUUUCUUCAUAGCUUACGUCAUCUCAUCGGACAUAUUUACCAAAUCAAAAUUGCUUCAAUAGGAAGUGCUGAUUGCUUUGACAGCUUCCUUAAUUGUAGUAUUCUCAAAGGUUUAUAUUCAAUACAAAUUAGAAAAAUGCACCAUCUUUAAUGACCAUUAACUCAGCUAAGUUGAUCGGAUAGUUUCAGUCAAUUUAUAGAUUUUGAGAGA